GCAAUCAGGCGGUCGAUGUUGUUUUUAAAACGUAAAACCAAAUUGAAAGUGAAAAUAAAUCUUGUAUUGCAUUCAGAUGACUGCAAAACGACACACACUUGUCCAUUGGUUCCGCAAGGGACUCCGUGUCCACGACAAUCCCGCUCUUGCACAAGUAUUUGAUGUAGCUCGGGCAUCUGCCGAACAAUACCAAGUUCGUCCCAUAUUUAUAUUGGAUCCUGGCAUCUUGGACUGGAUGCAAGUGGGUGCCAAUCGCUGGCGCUUUCUUCAGCAAACUCUCUGGGAUUUGGACCAGCAGCUGCGCGCGCUUAACUCCCGUCUGUAUGUCGUACGGGGCAAACCUGUUGAUGUUUUUCCUCAGCUAUUUGAGCGCUGGCACGUGCAAUUGCUAACCUACGAAACGGAUAUUGAACCUUACGCCGUACAGCGCGAUACGGCUGUGCAGAAGCUGGCUGCGGAGCGGGGUGUGAAAGUGGAUACCCACUGUUCGCACACCAUUUACAAUCCAGAAGUGGUCAUUGCCAGGAAUUUGGGCAAGGCGCCCAUCACAUACCAGAAGUUCUUGGGCAUUGUGGAGAAGCUAAAGUUGCCCAAAGUGUUGACCAAGCCAGAGAAACUGCCGCAGGGAAUGCAACCCUCAGAGGAUGCACUUGAAGCAGCCGAUGCACACGUGUACGAUUGCCCCACGUUGGAGCAGCUGGUAAAGCGUCCAGAUGAACUGGGCAUUAACAAGUUCCCGGGUGGUGAAACGGAGGCACUCCGUCGAAUGGAGGCAUCGUUAAGUAAUGAGCAUUGGGUGGCUAACUUCGAGAAGCCCAAUACAGCACCAAACUCGCUGGAACCCAGCACAACCGUACUCAGUCCGUACUUGAAGUUCGGCUGUUUAAGUGCACGUCUGCUCUACGAUCGACUCAGGGAGAUUCUGGCACGUCAACCGAAGCACUCGAAGCCACCUGUGUCCCUUGUUGGCCAGCUGCUGUGGCGGGAGUUCUAUUAUACGGUGGGCGCAGCGGAGCCCAACUUUGAUCGCAUGCUGGGCAAUUCCUAUUGCAUGCAAAUAGCUUGGCAAGAGCAGCCGGAGCACCUAAAGGCGUGGACGCACGGGCACACUGGAUAUCCCUUUAUUGAUGCCAUUAUGCGACAGCUUCGUCAAGAAGGUUGGAUACAUCAUUUGGCGCGUCAUGCGGUUGCCUGUUUUCUUACUCGAGGAGAUCUCUGGAUCAGCUGGGAGGAGGGACAGCGUGUAUUUGAACAACUGUUGCUCGACCAGGAUUGGGCUCUCAAUGCAGGCAACUGGAUGUGGCUGUCUGCUUCGGCAUUCUUUCAUCAAUACUUUCGUGUAUACAGUCCGGUUGCUUUUGGCAAGAAAACAGAUCCCACGGGCGAAUACAUAAGGAAAUACGUGCCAGAGUUGGCCAAAUAUCCAGCUGGCUGCAUCUUUGAGCCGUGGAAGGCAACUCUAAGCGCACAGCGGGAUUACGGCUGUGUGUUGGGCGUGGAUUAUCCUCAUCGCAUUGUCAACCACGACAUUGUUCACAAGGAGAACAUAAAGCGCAUGAGUGCCGCCUAUAAAGUUAAUCGAGAAGUACGAACUGGCAAGCAGGAAGAUGACUAUGACGAUGAGGAUGAUAAACCGCCUCAAAAGUCAACUGGAAAACGCAAAGCUGCCUCCAGAACAACUGGAGGCACUGCCAAACGAAGACGUUGACAAUUGUUGAAUAAUGGUGAUAAGAUCCGAAGCAGCGACGCAGUUUAUUUUAUUUUUUUUUUUAAAUUUUCCUUAACUCGGUUAAGGACAUGUGAAGUCCAUUAUGCAAAGAUUCUAAAAGCAGCUGCAGAUUCUCUGCCACAUUAACGACCGGUGCUAGCUUAGAAAGAUUCAUGUCACAGGCGUCGCAUAUUUUAGGUUACAGAUGACCAGCAGCAGGACAUAAAUCACGAGUCCUGUGCCUGGCACUCGAGAGUGCUCGACUACAGGAUUUAAAUUUGUCUCGCUUGCAUAUGUACAUAACAACAUAAAUAUGUAUGAGUUGCUGGUUUAGUUCGGCAUUGCCCGUAUUAUUAUAUUUAUAACAUAAUAAUAAACAUUCUCUGUAGAUUUUUGAAGUCAA